GUUGCCAAGCUAUGGACCCGUGGAGUGCUGUCGCGGAUGAAGUGGCUUUGGAGGGACUGGAUGGGAUAACUAUUCCCACCCUGUGGAUUCGACUAGAGGAUAGACUGCCCAGGUUUCCCCUCAAGUUUGACGACUGCACGAAGGAGCUUAUCUGGAGGUCACUUAUCAGCAACACCGACCUGAAAUUCUAUGAGCUCCCAGAGGAGAGAGGGGAUGUUGUGUUGUCAGACAGGUUUAAAGACACUGAUCCAGAGGCAGGCACUGAAACAGCACAGAAGUUUCCUGAAAGAAAGAAAGAUGUCUACCCCGUCCAUAUUAUUCUAGAAAACAAGGAUGGGAUACAGGGCUCGUGUGCCUUCUUCAUAGACAGGAUAGACAUCACUAAGCAUGUCCGCUCCAAGUCCCUCACCGCAUUGGUCAAAUUGGAGGAGGCUCUGGAAAGGUAUGGCCGAAAGCUUGUUGUGGUGGCAUCUCAGUCUCUGCGAUUCCGGACUCUGAUCGGUAGCGAGAGUGAUCCCGAUUUAAAACUGAACGACGACUCUUACUGUGUGUUGGAAAGAGUGGGCCGAGCCCGCUGGCAAGGAGAGCUACAGAGUGAUCUACAUGGAUCCUCUUUCAAGACCGAUGCUCGAAAGCUGCACUACAUGAGGAAGUCUCUUGUCAAGCAUGGACUCAUCAGCAUGCAGUCUCAUGUCACACGAGUGAAGUCAGGACAGCAGCAACACUCCAUACUUCUGCUGCUCAAACGCUUCCACAUAAACAGGAGGUCUAAGUAUGACAUACUGAUGGAGUAUGUGUCCAAUGUCCUCCAGCAGUUACCUGGUCAGUUUGCCACUUUGAUCACAUUCAAAGAACAACUUAACAUGAGUGACAGUACUUUUAAGCGUGUGUGUCAAUACAUGCGAACUUCCAAGUUGGUCGAGUUUUGCCAGUACCCUCUGGAGGACUUGGAUCCCAGCGCUGGGCCCUGCACCACCAAAAAAGGGAAUAAAGUGCUUGUGCGCUGUUUGAGGCUGCUGAAGCCUUAUUCAAGGAAGGGUGUCACUGAUGAUGACGAUGAUGAUGAGGACGAGGAAGAUGACUCCGGAGCAAGAAGAGGAGCUUUCCCUCAAGAGGCGCGAAUCAUGGAGAAGGAUGUGCUGACACAGGCCUAUCACAUCGUGUUAUCCUCUGGCACAAAGGGAAUACCUAAGACUGGUAUCGGGUACAGAAUGAACGUUGGUAAACUGGAGUCUCGUAUGCUCUGCCGAAGACUGGAGAGGGAUGGUUUAAUUAAGGGGUUCAUGGAGGAUGAGGGUCGGCAGAGGACUACAAAAUUUAUCAGCCAUAAGUGUGUGGGUGUGAGCGAUCAGCUCCAGCUGUUUGCAAAGGAGCAGGAACGCAAGAAACUCCUCUACUCGUCUGCACCACAAGCAUCACAUGCUGCACCUGCCACCCCUGAAACGCCAUCAUCCUCAAAGUCGACAGCGAAAGGAAGCGCUGAAACAAAAAAGAUUCGGAAAGCAGGUGGAGAAGGAGACAAAGGUGCCAUGGAGGCUGGGCAGACAUGUAGUGAUGAAGGGUUGGAUGGAGGCAGAGGUAAAGUAAGAGGAAAGUCAGGAGCAAGAGGAAAGACGACAGGGAGGAAAGGCAGUGAGACAACGGAGCAGACACAGACCGACCAAGUACAACCUACACCGGGUGAAACCUCGGCACGCAGUGAAUCCAACACGAGGGUGGCACCUGAUGUUCUCAACACAGAGCAAGCUGCAACUGAGGAAGGAGAACAAUCCAACUUGACUCCUGCCAGUUCUUUACCUCAGAGCGCGGCAUCAGCCAGUCACUCAGCAGACAACAACAUUGUGGUUGUUAAAGAUGUUCGUGAGGAGCAGACCCGCAGUCCAAAAAAACCCAAAAAGUCUUUGGAGAGGUCUCAUGAGACGUACCGCCUGCUGAAGAGGAAGAACCUGAUCGUCGAGGCUGUGCGCAACUUCAAAAUCAUAGAGGGUCUUUUCCCAUUACAGAAGAUGAUCAAUGACGAAGAAAAGCAGGAUGGAGUCAGCUCAAAGUGCUGCAAGAAAACUAUUUUACGUCUCGUCCACGGUCUGUCCAGAGAAGGCUUGCUUAAGAUUUACACGACCACUGUCAUACAGGAUGGGAUCACCAAGAAGGUUGAGAUGGUUGUUCAUCCGUCCAUUCAGCCCAACGAUGACAUAGUGCACAGAGUUAUCGAGCAGGUCCGCUUCAAAAUCUCCAGCUCUUACUCGGCCGUACGUCUGCAGCACGCUGAAGAGAAAAUGAGAGAACAAGAAUCAGAGUCUGAAGAGGCGAGCGCAGGCCCAAAUAGCAAGGCUGACAAGAGGAGAGCAGUCCUUAAGAACGAGAAGGAGUUCAAGCCCACUACAGUUCGAGGAUUGGGUAAGACUUUCGGCUUCCAGCCUAAGAUGCAUCGUCUGCGUGUUGUUCACAACUUCUUGUGGUACUUGAUGUACGGACACCCACUCAGACACAACUCCACCAGCUCUGACUCAACCGGCGAAACGCCAGCAAACUUGUGCAGCUCUGAUCCUGAAGCCAAACACCAAGACAAGCAUGAAAAACAGGAUCUGAAAGACGCACAAAACUCCACAAACACAGACCGACAGACACAGUUGCCUGAAAAAGCUGCCGCCGGCUCCCAGAAGCCACAAAUUGCAGAUUCAGCUGUGUCUAAAUUGGACGAGACAUCAGGUGAUGAAGAGGAGGAGCAGACGGAUGAAUCAGCACCUGGUCGCUCUCAGUCUGACCUGAAAGUUUACACUGAUGAAGAGUCGUGGAAGAAGUUCAUUCCUCCUGUCCGUGCACACAAAGAGUUUAGCGGCGGCUGGGCGAUGGUGGGCGACCUGCUCCUCUGUCUGCCUCUCUCCAUCUUCAUUCAGGUCAUACAGAUCAACUAUAAGGUGGAUGGACUGGAGGAAUAUCUCAACGACCCUGUGAAGCAACACCAUCUUGUUAGAUCGCUGCCCGCCAGAAUGAGAAGACAGCUGCUUUAUAAACGGAAAUACCUGUUCUCAUUUCAUGAGAACCUGCAGAAGUUGGUCUACAUGGGUCUGCUGCAGUUUGGUCCUUUGGAGAAGUUCAAGGAGAAAGAUCAGGUGUUUGUGUACCUGAGACGUCACACCACCAUCGUUGACACCACCAACGCUGAGCCUCACUACUGGCUGGUCACAGAGUUAGCUGACAAACCAUUCGAGAGGCGCCAGUACACAUUCAACACUCAUGAGGAUGUUGAAAACUACUGGUUCGACCUGAUGUGUGUCUGCCUCAAUACACCACUGGGGGUAAUCCGUAGUAAGAGAAACGUGACAGAUGACGACUCUGCUCCUUCUUUUGUGCAAGACCGCAGCGUGUUUGUAGGAAUGUCAUACCUGCUAAAGGGCAGUCGUGAGGUGUGUGAUGACGGGUCGUUACCAGGAGACGGUAAAGGAGCAGGAGGUCUGGACUCUGAAUUUUUUGCUCAUCUUAAAAGGAACUGGUUGUGGACGAAUCACCUACUUUCUGUCAAAUCGAGCUCAGCCGGUUUGGAAGCGAAGGAAAACAAGAUCAGACUGAAGAGCUUGCUGAGUAAGAAUGCUCUUAGGAUUGCUCUUAAAGCCGGAGGAAUGACUACACCUCGAUAUGUGACCACCAAGCGACCACUGCUGAUAGAAAAUAUUGAGGUGGAUAUAGAGCCUGCUUCCAGAAACCAGAGGGUGGUCGGUGGAAAGAAACAGAAGAGGAAGAGAAGCAAGAAGGAGGUUGUCAAGGUCCCACGCAAGAAGAAGAAAGAGCCAAAGAAGCGCACCCCUGCCCACGACGAGGCGGACCACCGAGCUUUGAAAAUGAUGACCAGACAACGAGUCUACUGGUCUGUACAGGAAGACUCACUGAUGAUGCUCUGCAGCGUGGCCUCACACCUGCUCAACAGCAAGUUGAAAAGGCCCUUCAUACCUCACUGUGGUGUGAGAGACCUGCUCCACACAGAGUUUGAGAUGUCGAUGGAUAAAACAUCGGUUGCUGUCGGACGUCGCUCGCGAUACAUCCUCAAAAAUCCUCAGACGCUUCUGAACUACAGGAUCUGUCUGGCUGAGGUUUACCAGGACAAAUCUCUGAUGAAACUGUUGGAGGAGAAGAAACCUGGUGAUCCUGAUAAACCAGAGGAUUGUGCAGAAGCUUUCUCAGAGUACGCCAGGCUUCUCAGGCAGAAGUUCAGCGCUGUCAUGAGCGCUCGUGAUAUGACCAUGCCUGACACGAAAAAGCAGCUCUUCUCGCGGUUUAAGGUUUCCACAAUAGACAAUGGAAAGUGGGUUUCAAACAAAGAUACUCUCAACAGCACAGACGACAUUCACGCCAUAGUGUUGCAUAACUUGAUCCAGAGCACUCUGGCCAUGACCAACUGUCAGAUGAAGUCGUCCAGAUCCUUUCAGACCUUCCACAUGUACAGUAGGUACAACCAGGAGCUGCUGUGCCAAGUCUUCAUACAAUGCAGGAAGAGAGGUCUGGUUAACCGCCGUCGUGUCAAUCAGCCAUUUGGGCCAAAGAAGAACCGAGCGCUUCCCAUCCUGCCCAUGUCCUACCAGCUGUCCCAGUCCUACUACAGAUGUUUUUCAUGGCGUUUUCCUCACUCGCUGUGCACCGAUUCCUUCCGCUUCUUGAGGAAUAUCAUUAACAACGGGACAAGAGACGACAGACCUCUUACUGUGUUUCACCAUGAAACUGAAAACAGGUCAGAGAACGGUAAUGGAGGGUUGGAGAGAAAAACAGGGUCUAAAAGAAAAGAAAAACAAAGCAGAGGAAAGGCUGAAGGCAGACCAGAGAGUGAACCAGAGGUACAACCAAAUACUGAGUCCACAAAGGAAGGAGAGAACGACCAAAGACCAAAGUUGAUGGAUGUAGACAUGAACAAAACAGAUGAACAGUUAAACCCAGAAGAUUGCCUCACAGCCUCCUCUGCUGAAGAUCCGUCCAGCAGGGAGCAGACAGACGAUCAUCUGCCCAAAGAAGAGCCAUCAGUAGAGGCUGCAGCUUCGAACACAGCACCCAAAGUCCCAGAGGAUCCUCCGGAUGUGUCUGACAUGCUGCAGUUCUCUCUGGACUCUCCAGGUGGCGCCUGUGUGAUCAGUCUCAGCCUGAUGUCUCUGGGGCUGCUGAGCGUGUACGUGUCCAUACCCAAACAGAUGGUGGUGGUGGACAGCAACCUGGUGGACAACGAUGUGGUCAAGAGUAUGGCAGCACUGGAGGAAGAGGAUGACGAUGAUUACGACGGUGAGGAGUGUGAGGGGAGAAAGAAGCUGGAGGUGAAGGCACAUCAGGCCUCACACACCAACUACCUGAUGAUGCGAGGAUACUGCUGCCCAGGCAUCGUCAAACUACGUAACCUCAACACCAAUGACAACAUUGUGGUGGAGUCGUGCAUUAUGAAGUUGCAGCUGCGCAGCACACCUGCUCACAACAUGUUCACUAUGGAGAACUCUCCCCCACUGGACCUGACUAAAUGUGGUCCAUCCCUGCUGCCCUCCAUCCUCACCUACACCGUCUGCUCCCCCUCCUCCUCCUCUUCACACAGUGUGGAGGAGUGUGACAGGCUUUUGAUUCAGCAAAGAGGAUACACUCCUCAGGAUAUAGAAGCAUGGGCUCAGCUGAGGAGGAGCUUAGCUGAAGCUGGUCAGAAUGGCUUGGACGUGCAUGAUCUCUACCAGGCUCACACACACCUGGAGGAGCCACAGUCCGGACGCACCAGGAGCCUGCAGCAGUACAUGAAGGAUUUACAAGAAGAAGGCCAGGUGGUGAAAGCUGGGGGUCUGGGUGUCCGUUGGGUGCUCACACAGCAUGCUGAACCAUGGCUGCUGACUGUAAACACCAAGCAAUGGUCCCAGUCACGCUUCACAUCUGACAAACUCCCAUUUUUGGAGAACGAGCACCACAUCCCCUUCAUGCGCAAGAGGCCCAGGCUAGAAGGACAACACAUGGCAGAGGAACCACCAGCCAAAAAACCUGCUGUGGACAGACAAGAGAGCGAAGACAAAGAGGACAUGGAGGGAGGGUCAAGCGAUUUAACAAGAGAGAAACUGAACGAUGAAGCACAGCUGGAAAAGCAGAAAGAGAGUGCAGAUGUGGGGAGUGGAGACAAACAGCUGGACUCGAAAGAAGAGGAGGGAGGAAAACAGACGCACCAUAAAGUGGAAGCGAAGGAGGAUGCUGGACAGGAGAAGAUGGAAACUGAGGAGGGACAGGAAGAAGAGAGAGAGCAGAGAGUCAGAAAGGACAGUAUACAUUCUGAAAGAGAUGAAGACGCAUGCUCUCCCCUUAAUGUUGAUGAAAAUGUGAGUUUCAUCAGCCGGCCGUGGCGCAUGGUGGAUGGUACGCUGAACCGGCAGGUGUGUAAGGGCAUGCUGGAGGCCACUCUUUACCACAUCAUGUCCCGACCCGGACUCACACAGCAGACGCUGGUGGAACAUUACAAAGAUGUGCUGCAGCCAAUGGCGGUGCUGGACCUCAUGCAGGCACUUAUAGACAUGGGCUGCGUGACGAAGAAAACUCUGGUUAAAGGUCCUAAACCCUCACUGUUCACUCGCUCCGUGCACCAGACAAGAAGGGAGACGGACGUGAAGAUUGAGGAACCAGACACAGUGUUUUAUGAGCCCACCAUCAGCUGCUGCCUGCGGCUCAGCCAGGUGUUACCCAACGAACGUCACUGGAACUACUGUAUACCGUGAAAGUCUUCAUCCACCUCACACGACCUGCGCGUGGCCUUACCUGGCUUGACCUGGCAUCAGGUUAGGUGCACGAUAAGGCUGUUGAAGCUGAAGCUUCAAGAAGCUGAGUAAAAAGUUGUAUCAGGCCGUUGUGAAACCUAAAUAAUGUGAUUUUACAAAAAGUGUCAUGUCAUCAAUUCUGGUUUUACAGAACAGGGGUUUCUUGUACUUUUUGUUGUUAUUUUUGUUCUAAAAUUAAAAAUAAUUUUUUUUUGUGGUCA